AUGGCUGAUACCGAAGCUGCUGCUGCCCCGGCUCCCGCCAAGACCAAAAAGGCAAGCAAACCCAAGAAACCUUCUUCUCAUCCACCUUAUGGUCAGAUGAUCCAAGAGGCCAUCACAAAUUUGAAAGAAAAGGGUGGUUCUUCUCGUCAGGCCAUUCAAAAGUACCUUGUAUCCCACUACAAAAUCGCUGCUGACAAUGUGUCUGGCACCCAAUUGAAGCUCGCCCUGAAGAGAGGAGUCACCAGUGGCCAACUUAAACAAUGUAAAGGAACCGGUGCUUCAGGUUCUUUCAAAGUCGGAGAAAAGAAAACUGAAAAGAAACCAAAGGCCAAGAGCAAGAAGCCCGCCAAGAAAGCCGCUGCUAAAAAGCCCAAGAGUCCGAAGAAGACUGCCAAACCAAAGAAGGUCGCUGCUAAGAAGGCCAAAAAGCCCAAAUUUUCUUCUUCUUCUUCUUCUUCUUCUUCUUCUUCUUCUUCUUCUUCUUCUUCUUCUCAACAAACUCUCUCUCUCUCUCUCUCUCUCUCUCUCUCUCUCUCUCUCUCUCUCUCUCUCUCUCUCUCUAUGCCAUAUAUACGCGACAUUACUUAUAGGCAUUUUUCCAGACAUUACUUAUUUUCUACCCCGGACAUUAUAUAUUUCCUCCCCAGACAUUACAUAUUUUCCCCCCAGACAUUACUUAUUUUUCCCCAGACAUUACUCAUUCCCCACCCCAGACAUUACAUAUUUCAUCCCCCCAGGCAUUACUUAUUUCCCCAGGCAUUACUUAUUUCCCCCCCAGAUAUUACUUAUUUUUCCCCAGAUAGUACUUAUUUUUCCCCACCAGGUAUUACUUAUUUUUCCCCAGACAUUACUUAUUUCCCCAGGCAUUACUCAUUCCCCCCAGACAGUACUUAUUUUUUUCCUCACCAGGUAUUACUUAUUUUUCCCCCAGACAUUACUUAUUUUUUCCCCAGGCAUUACCCCCCCCAGACAGUACUUAUUUUUCCCCACCAGGUAUUACUUAUUUUUCCCCCAGACAUUACUUAUUUCCCCAGGCAUUACUCAUUCCCCCCCCAGACAGUACUUAUUUUUCCCCACCAGGUAUUACUUAUUUUUCCCCCCAGACAUUACUUAUUUCCCCCAGGCUUUACUCAUCCCCGCCCAGACAUUACUUAUAUUUCCCCACCAGAUAUUACUUAUUUAUUUCUCCCAGAUAUUACUUACAUUUUUUCCACGAAACAUUACUUAUUUUCUACCCCGGACAUUACAUAUUUUCCCCCAGGCAUUACUCAUUUUCACUCCAGACAUAACUUAUUUUUCCCCAGACAUUACUUAUUUAUUUUCCCCAGAUAUUAA